GCAUCCAUUUCUGCAUUCUGAACUGUCUGGUACAAAUAGCUUCAGUGAGGAGUUUAGUCUGUUUUAGGUCGCCUCUCUUGAGUGUAAACUGUACUGAUGGGAGGGAAAACUGAGACCCACUGCUCCGUGGUUGGGAGGAAGGAGAAACUAACAAGAAACUGGAGACAAAGCUAAAGUUUGACUGCAGGUCAGUCUUCCUGGGAACAGGUGCGUUUCGGAGAAAGACUUGAUGGGAUUUUGAAAAGGGAUAGGAGAGCUGGAAGGAGUGAUUCUUCCUUGGACUGCAACAAGUGAAAGGCCAAAAGGAGCCUAGGCUAGGGAUGCUGGGAAGUCCGAAAGGUAGUUAAAAAUCAUGGUAAUUGAACAUUCAUUCUCUUCCACAGAAACCAUCCAAUUCCUAAAUGAGGCAAAGGCGCUUUAGGCAUGCCUACAUCGAUUUCUGUCUCUUAAAAGUUUCGGAAUUAGAACGGGGUCACACGUCCAGGGCCUCAAAAAAGGCUGAAAUCCUAGCUGUUCACAGAAAGACUCGAAGGUCUUCCGGCCAGUUUGUGGAGUUGGUGACAGGUCUGGUCACCUGCACAGCGGACCCCGCGUGGGUUUAGAGGAGCUGGCAUCCUUGCCCUCCCAGGCCUUUACACUCUCCUCCCCGGGGCCCGCCAACUCUCCUGGGUACAAAGUACAGCAGGGACGCAGGCGGAGCCUUUCCAAGCGGCGCAGCCAUAUCUUUCCCCACUGAACACCUAGAUGGAUUUCCAAUACCGCGCCUGGCACUUUCGGGAGGGAGCCUCAGGCUCCUUCCGAGCUCCCAGCCGCGCGUCCUCCUUUCUGCAGUCUAUAUUCGUCUGGGAGACGCAAGGGGCUCUGGGCACCAGAAGCCUUAUUAAGAGAUUCGCAAUGGUUUACUCAGGCCCCUAAACCGCUCCCGCCUGCGAAGAGCAGCCUGCGGUGUUGCAACGCAGAAGCUCCUAACGCAAGGUUUUUGCGCUUCCUCCUCCUAACACCGCUCAGGGUCAGUUUCAGCGACUCUAAGACUAUCUGCGUGGGCGCCUGUGCGGGGGUCCCGCCCAAAGAAAGGAGUUGGACCGCGCGAAGAACGUCACCGUGCUACCAGACCGCACAGGCACUUUGCACGGGCCAUCUACGCGUCGGUCUGGAAGUAGCGCGCCCUGGCCCCAACCCGGGCAGCUGCGGCGAAGGCGGCGGCAGCAGGGGCCCCGGGGCCGGCGCUGCGGGCGGCAUGGAGGAGCCGGGGCGAAAUGCGUCCCAGAACGGGACCUUGAGCGAGGGCCAGGGCAGCGCCAUCCUCAUCUCUUUUAUCUACUCCGUGGUGUGCCUGGUGGGGCUGUGUGGUAACUCCAUGGUCAUCUACGUGAUCCUGCGCUACGCCAAAAUGAAGACGGCCACCAACAUCUACAUCCUGAACCUGGCCAUCGCCGAUGAGCUGCUCAUGCUCAGUGUGCCAUUUCUGGUCACCUCCACGUUGCUUCGCCACUGGCCCUUCGGCGCGCUGCUCUGCCGCCUCGUGCUCAGCGUGGACGCAGUCAACAUGUUCACCAGCAUCUACUGUCUGACUGUCCUUAGCGUGGACCGGUACGUGGCCGUGGUGCACCCCAUCAAGGCAGCACGCUACCGCCGGCCCACCGUGGCCAAGGUGGUGAAUCUGGGCGUGUGGGUGCUAUCGCUGCUUGUCAUUCUGCCCAUCGUGGUCUUUUCGCGCACGGCGGCCAACAGUGAUGGCACGGUGGCCUGCAACAUGCUCAUGCCUGAGCCCGCUCAGCGCUGGCUAGUGGGCUUCGUGUUGUACACGUUUCUCAUGGGCUUCUUGCUGCCCGUCGGGGCCAUCUGCCUGUGCUACGUGCUCAUCAUCGCCAAAAUGCGCAUGGUGGCCCUCAAGGCCGGCUGGCAGCAGCGCAAGCGCUCGGAGCGCAAGAUCACCCUGAUGGUGAUGAUGGUGGUGAUGGUAUUUGUCAUCUGCUGGAUGCCUUUCUAUGUAGUGCAGUUGGUCAACGUGUUUGCAGAGCAGGACGACGCCACGGUUAGCCAGCUGUCGGUCAUCCUCGGCUACGCCAACAGCUGCGCCAAUCCCAUCCUCUAUGGCUUCCUUUCGGACAACUUCAAGCGCUCUUUCCAGCGCAUCCUGUGCCUCAGCUGGAUGGACAACGCCGCCGAGGAGCCUGUCGACUACUACGCCACGGCCCUCAAGAGUCGCGCUUACAGCGUGGAGGACUUCCAGCCGGAGAACCUGGAGUCUGGAGGCGGCGUGUUCCGUAAUGGCACCUGUACGUCUCGGAUCACGACUCUCUGAGCCUUGGCCACGCAAGGGCCCUGCGCCACGGGAGGAGGAAGAUGAGGAGGAGAAAGGGAGGCCGGGUGCGAGAGGUGAAAGUAUCCCCGGCGUCUGGGUGCGGUGGGGCAAAGUGGGGCUAAGACACUGUGUGCGCGUGGGGUGGGGAGACCUGGGAGAGUCGCGCGACAAAGUUGGAACUGGGCACUUUGCUUAUAAAUUGGGAAGGCUUGAGGGCCCCUUUCUCCUCUGUCUGCUACUUUCGCUCCUUCCUACACUGCGCUUGCACUUCUGCGCCCCUCUAUGCUCCCCACUCUGUAACUUGGAUCUUUCCUUCCGCCCCGUCCUGCAGGUGCAGAUCAUGAACUCAUAAACGUCGCCAACUCUGCCUGACCCUCAGCCCGGCCAGCCGUUAUUUUUGUUUGAGCUGAGCCACAGUUACCGCCACGGGUUUCCCACGGGAUGAGUCCCCAGCUCGCCCUCAGCCCUGCCCUGCCGCGCCCCUCCGCUAGCCAGAGUCUGCCUGGCGCCCCUAGCGGAGUCUAGAGAAUCACCGCUCUGCGUUUGCGCAUCCCCGUUUGACGGGAAGUAGGACUGGAGAAUGAACUAGGCAGUAGGUCUUUUUCUUCUUUCAGGUGGGGUUGUGCCCUUGCCCGAACCCCUUCGCCACUCCCUCUCCACCCAGGGCGGAGCCAGGUGCUUAGUAAAAUCGGUCCCGCGCUUCGAACCCCGGGCAUUCUGUAGUCCCCAUCUAAACCCCACUUGGAGCAAAAAGGAACUGAGGACCAGGAGUUUUUUUUAGAAGAUUCCAGGGUUUGGCGGGGAAGGGAUUGUAACGGAAACCACCCUGUUUUCCGGCUCACAACCGGCGCUUUUGAUUUCAAAGACCAAGUGCUGGGCACUCCCAGGACACUGCUGGUCUGCCUUAGGCCGGGCGAGUCAGGGCGCACUUUCUGCGGGGCUGCCUGGGAGUCGAGGCUGCUGCCGCUACACUAGGAUUUCUCCCUCACCUAAGCUUCUGGAGGUGCAGAUGUAAGAGCAACAACAGACUCGGUUCCUGCCCCGGUUUCUGUCGAAGACCAGGCACCGGGGCCAGGACCUCCGUGGCGCCUUCUGAGCCUUGGCCAAUCCCGACCGCGUUGCUGCCGCCCGCAGGCUAAAGAGUGCGGCCUGCCUGGCCCCUGAAGGUUGCUGCCUUUCAAGUGGUGCCUAAUAAGUUAUUUUCUUGAUUAACAUGUUUGUUUAUUUAUUUAUUUGUGGUACUUGAAAAUGUGUCUCUGCUUUGCUUUUCUCUACUUGCCUAAUCCAGGGCCUUUUCUUCAGGACACUGGGGGUGGGGAUGGAGGUGACAGUGGGGGGGGGGGGGAAAGCUCUCUCCCCAAGGCCCACUCAAAACCCGUCUUCUUUGUUGGGCCCUCUUUUCUUUUUACUUAUGUUCAGUGAAGUUUGGAGAUUCUUUUAUACUUUUCUUAUGUAGUCUCUUGUUUGUCUUAUAAUAAUCAUCAUGAUGAUAAAUAAAUAGGUAACGUGGCUUAGCCUCCUCCCAUGCAGAGUGGAAUGUCCUGAAUUCCUUCCAACAUCACCCUAUGUAUGACUUUAUUUCUGCUUUUUACAUAUUAUGAAUAUUUAUCUUGCUCCAUCGUCAUGAGUCCUCGAGACAAUUGCCAAAUACAGCCACUAGCAGUGAGAGAUGCAAGGCUGCGGGAGCACUUUCAGAUGCGGGCGUUCAAGCAGCACUCAGGUCUGGAGCUGAGAAAUCUGAUUCGGACAGAUUUUAAUCAGUGUUGAGAAUGUCCCUGGUUAGGCCCCUGCUUCUUCUAAGUUCCAGCAUAGGUGAUUCUAAUAUACGUUCUGGUUAACAUUGUCCCUUCUUUUUCACACACUGAAAGUAAUUUGUGUCUGUGUUUAAUCUUACCAACUACAUUGGAAGCCUGAGCAGGGCAAGGACCAAUAAUUUUACUUCUUUGUAUUUCCUGUAUUGCUUUAGUAUGCUGGCAUGUACAUAGUAGGCACUAAAUACAUGUUUGUUGGCUGAUUGUUUAAGAAAGCCAGAGUGUAUUACAACCAUUGGGUGAUACUAAAUCUGGGGCUGUCAUGGACAUGAUACACAAUGGUUGAAAUCACUAUGGAAAAAGAUGUUUUGUGUAAUAUUUGCUUCAAGAACAUUGUGCUUUACUGAAAGCAGUAACCAAGAGUUAAAAUGUCUCUAAUGUUUUGUUUAAACUAAUGAACAAACAUAUGCUUUUGGUUAUACAUCAUAAAGUUUAGCUCUGUCCCUUAAUAAUAUAUAUUAUUACUACUUUGGAAAAUAGAUUUUUAAUGGUUAAGAACAAUGAAAUUUACAAAGCUAAAUCUUGAUCAUUAUCCUCUUUAGAGGAUACAAAUCCAGUGCUCUUAACAUGUUACCAUCGUAAUAUUAAUGAAAUAAACAAAUGUAUUAUGUUGUUGCAA